GCUAUUUGCUGUUCGAGAGUCUUCUCAUAUCUGUGUCUUUGCCGCCCGCCAAGAUCUUCUCAUGUAUCUUUUCUCACUCGACUGUUUGUUUGUUUGUCUUCCUUGCCUAUAGGUCCCAGCUGUAAUCAUGGUUUCGUUUCUCGCUGUACUAGGAUUGAUCACCAGUGUUGCUGCUCAUGGACAUGUGACUUCGAUUGUCGUGGACGGCAUUUUUUACGAAGGGUACGAUCCUUCUUAUCAGUACGACACACCUGCUCCCAUCACAGUCGGCUGGAAGACUCCAUCAGUUCUAGACAAUGGAUUCGUCGCCCCAGCCGCCUACGCCAACGCAGACAUCAUCUGCCACCGCUCCGCAACAAACGCCAUGAUAGCCGCCCCCGCCAAAGGCGGCUCAAAAAUCGAACUCCUCUGGACGCCCUGGCCCACCUCCCACAAAGGCCCCAUCAUCGACUACCUCGCCAACUGCAACGGCCCCUGCGAAACCGUCGACAAAACAAAACUAAAAUGGUUCAAGAUCGAUGAACUCGCCCUGCUGGACCCAAAACCCCAGUACGGAACCUGGUCCACGGACGUCAUGAUCGCAAACAACAAUACCUGGACCGUAGUCAUCCCUCCCACCAUCGCCCCGGGGAACUACGUCUUACGCCACGAAAUCAUCGCCCUGCAUGCAGCAUCUCAAGCCAACGGCGCGCAGAACUACCCAUUCUGCGUCAACCUCGCCAUUUCUAGCACAGGAACUGACAAGCCGGCGGGUGUCCUUGGGACCACGUUCUAUAGUGCGAAAGAUCCGGGCGUGAUGUUUAAUAUCGAUGUCGCGCCGCCGAUUCCGGCGUAUACGAUUCCGGGGCCGCCGUUGUAUAGUGCUGCGGUGACGGUUUCGCAGGUUAAGAUGCCGAAGCCGACUGCGAGUGCUUCGGGGGUUGCGGCGCUUGCUAAUCGAGGGGUGGAGAUGAAGUGGGAAGUGGUAUAGUUUGAUGUAUAUACCUAUCCUUUGUGAUCAAAAGGAGGUAUGUGGGGUAUGAUACUAG